AUGGGAGCCAAGCCUGCCGUUGGGGAACCGCAGUCUGCGCUAGCGCUGUGGGUCGCCCCACUGCAGGUGCAAAGGACGCUGGACCAUUGGAUGGCGGCCCAAGCACCACAGCACCACAGGUCGCCUGCAAGGUGGCUCCUCCUUCUUCCACAUCUGAAUCAGAGACCAGGCAUGAACUUCAAUCCAGGUGCCUUCAUGAAUCCAUUCAGAGGCCUGCCCUUUCUUCCUGCUGCCCCUGUGCCAACAUACCAGCCAUUCUGGGAGCUGCCCAUGGCACCACAGGUGGCUGCACCCAUCUCCCAGGGUAACCCUCUGGUGCUGUCUGCUUACCCAGGACAACCAUAUGUGGCUGGGCUGUUUGGCUUUGGACAACAUGGGCCAGAACGGAGGCCAAUAGAGCCGCCUCGUAUUCAGAACACUGCCCACACUCAGGGACCCCUCAACUGGAGGGCUCCAGGGGCCCUCUGCCGGGGUAUGGAGAAUCCUGCUCCAUUCCUCCCGGCAACUGCCCUGAGGACCACCGUGCCUGCCUCAGCCAGUGGGGGCAUCCGGAACUACGGGGGCCCCUGUUACCUGGGCCGUCGGCCUCCAGCACCACGACCAUUUGCCCAGGUGGCCCCAAUCAUGUUCCCAAUGAAUGCCCAACAAUGGCCAGGUAGAGUGUAUGGGGAGGGCGCACUGCCCACCCUCCAGGCUGCAGUGCCACCAGAUGACUCCAACGAACCUCAGAGCAUCUACGAAAACUUCCGGCGCUGGCAGCGCUUCAAGACCCUGGUCCGCAGGCACCUUCCUCAGACUCCAGAUGUGGAAGCACUCUCCUGCUUCCUCGUCCCAGUGCUUCGGUCCCUGGCCCGACGGGAGCCCACCAUAACCGUGGAGGAGGGCCUGCGGAAGGGAUUGCAGGAAUGGCAGCGCACAAGCAACUUUGAUCGAAGGAUCUUCUAUGAGACCGCGGAAAAGUUCUUGGAAUUUGAGGCUGCAGAAGAGUUGGAGGAUCCAAGGAUGCAGCUGUCUGGGGUCUUCCAGUCCCGACAUCCUCCCGUACCUCAGAGGCUGGAUCAUCCAAAGCCCCCGGUCCCUAAGGCUGUCCAACAGUCAGCGUGCACCUCCAGAAAGACCAGACUGAAGGCACGGCCUGCUCGCUCAUUAGCAGCCAAAACUAAGGUGCCACAGACCAAGGUGUCUGAGACCAAGGCACGUGAAACCAAGGCACGCACUAUCAAGGCACCCAAGACCAAGGCACCCGAGGAGAUCCCACCUGAAGCUGUCCAAGAGUACCUGAACAUCAUGGAUGAGCUGGUGGGGCCUACCAACUUUACCACCUGGGAGCCCUCCAGCUUGUUCACAGGAGAGCUUGCUGCAAACUUGGGAGAGGAAGAACUGGAGCAACAGCCAAUAGACGAUGAUUUAUACCCAGACCCAAGUCUUCUAAGUUAUGUUGAUGAAGACUUCAUCAAGAAGGUGGAGACCAUGAUUCACCCCCGCUUCCUGGAAGAAUUACUUUCCUCCAAACCGGAUAUUAAUAUCUUGGCCCUAACAAAAGAGCUGGAGCAGGAGGAAGGACUCACAUCUGGCCAGGUAGACAGGGCUUGUGAGGAAACACCUCUGCAGGUGCUGCUAGAUCAUGGUAUGUUCCAACAGGACUCAAGAGCUUCCGAGGCAGCUGCCAGGCAAAAUGGAGAGAAACGUAACCAUCACGUGGAUCCAGGGGUCGGCGUGGAGAACGGGAAGCCAGAGGUGGCUUCCCAGGACUUGAAGAAGUGCAGGGCCACAGAGCCCGAGUUGUUAGGUCCAAAGGACACUGCUCUUCUCCCAAGCGGUCAUGGGUCUUCUGCACUGGCGGUGGUCAGGUCCAACCUUCCUCCCCAAAACCAAAGAUCCUCCUCUGUAAACCUGGGGAACAAAGAUGGAGUGGGACCCAGAAGAGCCGCUACUUCUGGGGGGCCACGUGGGACAGCCAAUGGCUGCAGUGUGGAUGAUGACCUCCAAAGCCUGGAUUUCCUCAUAGUCUCCCAGCACCAUCUGCUGCCCUGGGGACUGUCACAGAGCCAGGGCCCUCACGUGCAAACCCUCUGCGCAGGAGAGCAAUCAGUCCAGGCCCCACUUCCCCAGAGAGGAGGCCUGAGUCACCACCCACCUCCCGCUGCCAUGUCCAAGAAGCGAGCUCUCACGGGAUGCUCAUACAGUGUGGAGAAGAUGUCCUGCUCGGGGCCUCCCCUCCAGGUCACUGGAAGACAACAUCUGGAUCUGGAGCUGGUGCAAACAUACCAGCCUCAGAAGAGGAAGUUCAAUGCAUCAGGCAACCAACAGAAGAAGAAGAGGACCUGA